AGUAAUUAUGAUAAACAAAUACGGAACAGAUAUCACUUUAAGAGUAAUAAUUGAUUGAAUCAUGCAAUUUGCCCUCGCAUCGUUUAUUAACCUUAUUAUUUUCUGUUAAUGUUGGCAUCGGUUGCACAAUCUUAGCCAUCUGUGGUUUAGUAGUGUAUCAUAGAUGAAAUUAAGAACUAUCAUCUUUUGUGUGACCUAACUUAUAAAAAUAAGUUUUCCUAAUUAACGUUUUCGAAAUGGCUGAUUUUGAUGCGAUAUAUGAGGAGGAAACAGAAAACGAAGAUGAGAUACAGGAUGCAAAUGUUAUUAUUGUCCCUGAUCCCAUUGUCAUCCGUGGUGCUGGAAAUAUGACAGUUUUUGGCCUAAGUAAUCGCUUUAACACAGAAUUUCCUGCUGGUUUGGUCUCACGAGUGGCGCCUGAAGAAUUCAAAGCAACAAUAUCCCGAGUUAAUAGUGUAUUAAAGAAAACAUUACCAGUCAAUGUUAAAUGGUUGUUUUGUGGCUGUGUAUGUUGUUGCUGUACUCUCGGUUGUUCUCUUUGGCCUGUAAUAUGUCUUAGUAAGAGGGCCCAAAAUUCAUUAGAAAAGCUUUUGGAGUGGGAAAAUAGUCACUUGUAUCACAAAUUAGGUCUUCAUUGGCGAUUAACUAAACAACAUUGUGAUUCAUCGUCCAUGAUGGAAUAUGUAUUUCUAAUAGAAUUCAUACCCAAAAUACCUAUUUAUAGACCUGAUUAAUUAUUAUAAAUGGCAUCUAACAGAGAUCUUAAUGGUCAUAUU